AUGACUUCAUCCGCCCCGCCUGUGCGCUACGGUCCCACUUUGAUUGUAGUCGCAGGCAAGCCGCUCAGGCCUUAUACGACGAGCAUAAAAGAGGGACUGUUGCUGAAGCAGACGAGCUCCUUCCAGAGGUGGAAAAAGCGCUACUUCAAACUGAGAGGCCGAACUCUCUACUACGCCAAAGAUGCCAAGUCCCUUAUCUUUGAUGAAGUGGACCUAUCGGAUGCCAGCGUUGCAGAGUCCAGCACAAAGAAUGUCAACAAUAGCUUCACAGUGAUCACUCCGUUCCGUAGGCUCAUCCUCUGCGCCGAGAACAGGAAAGAGAUGGAGGACUGGAUCAGUUCGCUCAAGUCCGUCCAGUCAAGAGAGCAUUACGAGACGGCACAGUUUAAUGUGGAACAUUUCUCAGGGAUGCACAACUGGUACGCCUGCUCCCAUGCACGGCCCACCUUUUGCAACGUCUGUAAAGAUAGCUUGUCUGGGGUCACGUCUCAUGGCCUCUCCUGCGAAGUUUGCAAAUUCAAAGCUCACAAGCGCUGUGCUGUAAGAGCCACUAACAACUGUAAAUGGACGACCCUUGCCUCCAUAGGAAAGGAUAUUAUUGAAGAUGAGGAUGGGAUCGCCAUGCCUCACCAGUGGUUGGAAGGCAACCUGCCUGUGAGUGCCAAAUGUGCCGUGUGUGAUAAGACAUGUGGCAGCGUUCUGAGGCUGCAGGACUGGCGCUGCUUAUGGUGCAAAGCUAUGGUGCACACAGCAUGCAUGGAUCAGUACCCUCGCAAGUGCCCUCUAGGUCAAUGUAAAGUCUCCAUCAUUCCCCCCACAGCGCUAAACAGCAUCGACUCAGAUGGUUUCUGGAAAGCUACCUGUCCCCCAUCUUGUGCCAGUCCCCUUCUCGUCUUCGUCAACUCCAAAAGCGGAGACAACCAGGGGGUGAAAUUUCUCCGCCGCUUCAAGCAGCUCCUCAAUCCGGCGCAGGUCUUCGACCUGGUGAACGGGGGGCCGCACCUGGGUCUGCGUUUGUUCCAGAAGUUCGACAACUUCCGAAUCCUGGUGUGCGGGGGGGACGGCAGCGUGGGGUGGGUCCUAUCGGAGAUCGACAAACUCAGUCUACACAAACAGUGCCAGCUGGGGGUGUUGCCCCUGGGAACGGGGAACGAUUUGGCCCGGGUCCUGGGCUGGGGCCCGUCCUGCGAUGAUGACACGCAGCUGCCCCAGAUCCUGGAGAAGCUGGAGAGGGCCAGCACCAAGAUGCUGGACCGCUGGAGCAUCAUGACCUACGAGAUCAAGAUCCCGCCCAAACACAGCUGCCCCACCACGCCCGAGGGAACCGACGACUGCCAGUUUCCCAUUUCGGCCUACGAAGAGUCGGUGGCUACUCACCUCACAAAGAUCCUCAACUCAGAGCAACACUCUGUGGUCAUCUCUUCAGCAAAGAUCCUUUGUGAAACCGUGAAGGAUUUUGUCGCCAAAGUGGGGAAGGCGUACGAAAAAAGCACGGACAACGCCGAGGAGUGCGACACGAUGUCUCUGAAAUGUGCCAUCCUGAACGAGAAGCUGGACUCCCUCCUCCAGACGCUCAACGCCGAGUGCGCCUCCCUGCCUCCGCUCCCCCACGCCACCCCUCCCAUCGUGGAGGAAGAGCAGGAGGAGGAGGAGGAGGAAGAGGAGGCCAGCGAGGAGAGCCUGACCGAGCUGAAGGGGAAGCUGGAGGAGGAGGAGACGGAGAAAAGGUUGGGGAGAGGCUCCCCGCACCAGCUGUUCAAAAGCAGGGAGCAGCUCAUGCUCAGGGCCAACAGUCUGAAGAAAGCCGUGCGGCAGAUCAUAGAGCAGGCAGUGAGAGUGGUCGAUGAGCAAAACGCCCACACCGACGACAGCGAGCUGCCGUCCCCGCUGGAGUUCCGGAAGGACAGCGAGGAAGAGAACAGGGACAGCGAGAAAGACGAAGACACCAAGGAACUAGAAGCGGUGUCCUCUGCAAAGAGUCCCUGUUCCCCAACAGAGAGGAGAGUGAGUCGUAGCACGCAGUCCUAUGGUUCUUUCACCAUAACGCCAUUCACCACCAGCAAAGAAAACCUCCCCGUGCUCAACACUCGCAUCAUCUGCCCUGGCUUACGGGCAGGACUGGCUGCCUCUAUAGCCGGCAGCUCCAUCAUUAGCAAGAUGCUACUGGCUAACAUCGACCCCUUCGGCGCGACCCCCUUCAUCGACCCUGACCUCGACUCGCUAGAGGGCUAUAUGGAGAAGUGUGUCAUGAACAACUACUUCGGUAUCGGCCUAGAUGCCAAGAUCUCCCUGGAGUUCAACAACAAGCGAGAAGAGCAUCCAGAGAAAUGCAGAAGUCGUACUAAGAACAUGAUGUGGUAUGGAGUUUUGGGUACUAAAGAACUUCUACAGAGAACGUACAAGAACCUUGAACAGAAAGUCCAGCUGGAGUGUGACGGCCAGUACAUCCCCCUGCCCAGCCUUCAGGGGAUUGCAGUAUUAAACAUUCCCAGCUAUGCGGGUGGAACCAACUUUUGGGGCGGCACCAAGGAGGACGAUAUCUUCUGUGCUCCAUCGUUUGACGAUAAGAUACUGGAAGUGGUGGCUGUUUUUGGGAGCAUGCAGAUGGCCGUGUCCAGAGUCAUCAAGCUGCAGCAUCACCGGAUAGCGCAGUGUCGAACGGUGAAGAUCACCAUCCUGGGAGACGAGGGGGUUCCCAUUCAGGUGGACGGCGAGGCCUGGAUCCAGCCACCGGGAGUCAUCAAGAUCCAGCACAAGAACAGAGCCCAGAUGCUCACCAGAGACCGGGCUUUUGAAAACACACUGAAGUCUUGGGAGGACAAGUUGAAGUACGAUAAGCCUCCUUUGCGGCCUCACCUCUACCCCCAGCAUUCUGUGGAUCUCGCCACAGAGGAAGAAGCCACUCUGGUUCAGUUGUGUGCUCGAGCUGCAGAGGAACUCAUCACAAGGAUAUGCGAGGCUGCAAAGACCAACGGGCUUUUAGAGCAAGAGUUGGCUCACGCCGUCAACGCUGCAUCUCACGCCAUCAACAAAACACACCCAAAGUUCCCAGAGAACCUGACGAGGAACACAGCUAUUGAGGUGGCCAGCACCGUCAAGGCGCUCUACAAUGAGACCGAGUCUCUUCUGUUGGGCCGAGUCUCUUUGCAACUGGACCCGCCGGAGGAGGAUCAGCUAUCCAGCGCUCUGCAAAGCGUGGAGUUGGAACUGGGCAAACUAGGAGAAAUCCCCUGGCUCUACCACAUCCUGCAGCCCAACGAUGAGGAGGACCACUCUCUGGGUUACGGCAAGAGGAACAGUCGCAGCAGCAUGUUUCGAAUAGUCCCCAAGUUCAAGAAGGAGAAGGCUGCCAAGAAGACCAGCCCUCAGUCAGGUAGGUCUGUGCCCACGUUCCCCCUCCCCUCUGAGCACAGUCGGGGUGAUCUGGGGAUAUCGAAAGUGGGUCAUAUGAAGAGAAUUCUCCAGGGAACUAAGGACCUGGCCAAGGCCUCUAUGGUUGACCUGUAA